AUGACCACUGCUAUGCGAGUUGACCAUUUUCUGACGCAAUACUGCUGUAUUCAAACAAAGGAUCUCACAAAAACAAAAGUAACUUUGCUUCACGAUUUUAAAGUUCAUGAAGAGCAACUUUAUGAGAUGCUCAUGUACUUACGGAAUUUAUUUGGAGAUAUAAUGAAGGAAAAUAUCGACAAAAAUAAUCUUACCGCUUUGCUUGUAAAAAUGCUUAGUGGAUUUAAGCCAAUUGGAUAUAAUCAAGCGUAA